AUGACUUAUUUCAAAUACAAGGGGUUCCAAUUUGCUCACCUUUUGGUGUCCGUGGAAACACUCAGCUAUGUGGAAAAUGAACUCCAACUGUUGGAUGAUGAUAUAGUGAAUGUCACUUACCCCAAGUCAGGUCAGUGGUGCAAUUAGGUAAACAGACUUUUGCUUUAGACUUAAAGUAUCCACUAAGCCUGCCAGGUAUGUUUGUUUUUGACAUACCGUAUUUUUCGCUCUGUAACACGUACCUGACCAUAACACGCACAUCGUUUUUAGAGGAGGAAAACAAGGGGGGGGGGAAUUCUGAAGAAACAGUGGAUGUAUCAUUUUUGUGCCUCAUGCUGUGGCCACAGACAUGUGAUCUGAUGGUGAAUUUGGGGUGACCCAAUGCAAAAAUCCUGAGAAUCCCUGUGGAUCCAUGCUUUGUAACCACGUUUUUGCACCAUUGUGGCCCCAGGCAACAGCGGGUGCGUGAUUUUUUUGGUGCAGGCUGUAGCCAUGGACAUGCUAUGUGAUCUGAUGGUGAAUUUGGGGUGACCCAAUGCAAAGAUCCUGAGGAUCCAUGUGGAUCCAUGCUUUGUAACCACGUUUUUGCACCAUUGUGGCCCCAGGCAACAGCGGGUGCGUGAUUUUUUUGGUGCAGGCUGUAGCCAUGGACAUGCUAUGUGAUCUGAUGGUGAAUUUGUGGUGACCCAAUGCAAAGAUCCUGAGGAUCCAUGUGGAUCCAUGCUUUGUAACCACAUUUUUGCACCAUUGCAGCCCCAGGCAACAGUGGGUGCGUGAUUUUUUUGGUGCAGGCUGUAGCCAUGGACAUGUAAUGUGAUCUGAUGGUGAAUUUGGGGUGACCCAAUGCAAAGAUCCUGAGGAUCCAUAUGGAUCCGUGCUUUGUAACCACGUUUUAAGUGGGGAGGGAAGGAAAAACACAGAAGGGACAAGGAGCACAAGAGGGGUGUGCAGAGAAGCAGCUGGCUAAGAAUGCAGGAGAGGGAUUUAACGGGAGAAAGGAAAGAAAGGCAAAAGUUUCCCCCCACCCAGCCACCCAAGCCAGCCCUCUCUCUCUCUCUCUCUCCCACCUGCAUGUUUUCCAGCUGCCUGCGAGUCCCUAAAAUGCUUCCCUGGACGCAGCAGCACUGGAGCACGGAGAGGAACAGCUUCCUCUCUCGCGCGAUCAGAUUUUUGCCUGAUUUUUGCCCCUGCGCUCGGGACAGUCGGCUCCAGGGACCACACAUUUGUUCAAUAACACGCACAGACAUUUUCCCUUACUUUUUAGGAGAAAAAAUCUGUGUGUUAUAGAGAGAAAAGUACGGUAAGUCAUGAACAACCACCAUGUAGCUGCAUCAUCAUCAUCAUCAUCAUCAUCAUAUAUAAAAAAAUUAAAAAAUAAUUAAUUAAAUAAAUACAUAAAUAAUUUAUUAUUUAUACCCUGCCCAUCUGGCUGGGCUUCCAUAGCCACUCUGGGUGGCUACCAACCAAAUAGUAAAAUACAUCAAACAUUAAAAGCUUCCCUAAACAAGGCUGCCUUCAGAUGUCUUGUAAAAGUUUGGUAGUUGUUGUUCUCUUUGACAUCUGGUGGGAGGGCUUUCUACAGGGUGGGCGCCACUACCAAGAAGGCCCUCUACCUGGUUCCCUGUAACUUGGCUUCUGGCAGGGAGGGAACCACCAGAAGGCCCUUGGUGCUGGACCUCAGUGUCCGGGUAGAACGAUGGGGGUGGAGACGCUCCUUCAGACAUACUGGACCGAGGCCAUUUAGGGCUUUAAAGGUCAGCACCAACACUUUGAAGUGUGCUUGGAAAUGCACUGGGAGCCAAUGUAGGUCUUUCAAGACCGAUAUUAGGUGGUCUUGGCGGCUGCUCCCAGUCACCAGUCUAGCUGCUGCAUUCCGGAUUAGUUGUAGUUUCUGGGUCACCUACAAAGGUAGCCCCACGUAGAGCGCACUGCAGUAGUCCAAGUGGGAGAAAACUAGAGCAUGCACCACUCUGACAAGAUAGUCCGUGAUGGAGCUGGUAGACAGCUGUCCUGGACACAGAAUAGACAUAGACAGCUGUGAGGCCAAAAUGACUCCCAGGCUGCGCACCUGGUCGUUCAGGGGCACAGUUACCCCAUUCAGGACCAGGGAGUCCUCCACACCCGCCCGCCUCCUGUCCCCCCAAAACAGUACUUUUGUCUUGUUAGGAUUCAACCUCAAUUUGUUAGCCGCCAUCCAUCCUCCAGCCACCUCCAGACACUCACACAGGACCUUCACCGCCUUCACUGGUUCUGAUUUAAAAGAGAGGUAGAGCUGGGUAUCAUCUGCAUAUUGAUGGACACCCAGCCCAAACCCCCUAAUGAUAUCUCCCAGCAGCUGCAUAUAGAUGUUGAAGAGCAUGGGGGAGAGGACAGAACCCUGAGGCACCCCACAAGUGAGACCUUGGAGUCAUCUUCGAUAGCUCAAGGAAGAUGUUGACCCAGUGUGCAGUGGUUGUGAGAAAAGCAGAUUCCAUGCUGGUGAUCACUAGGAACGGAAUGAAAAUAAAACUGCUGCUAACAGCAUGCUGCUCUCUACUUUCCCAUAGGCUUCUGGGAGAAACAGGAUGCCAGACUCAAUGGGUCAUUGGCAUCAUCCAGAAGGCUAUUCUUCUGUUCUCAUUUGUGCCACACUCAACAAAAAAAUAUAGUCAAUUUCACCACGGUAAACCAUUCCAAAAUUUUGGGGAUCUUGCCCCAUAGGAGGGUGCUGAAUAGCUAGCAUAUGAUGAAGAUCCAUUCAAAUUCUUAUGUUCCUCUAAUUGCUUUUGCAAGGGCCAAAGAUUAACGCACAGUGACUUACUGGUGGAUUUCCUCCUAGGUACUCAUUGGAUGUCGGAGAUCUUGAGCUUAAUCCAGAGUCAAGGGGACCCUUCAUGGGUUCAGAAGGUACCACUGUGGGAAAGGGCACCCUGGAUUGAGUUGGACGAACAUUUGAAGAUUGCCUUGAAAAAUCCUUCCCCAAGGAUCCUGAAUACUCACCUGCCAUUCCAGCUUUUCCCCAAGUCCUUCCUCCACUCCAAGGCCAAGGUAAGAGAGGAACAAUGGACACAUCAAGACUGCCUUUGACUCCUGUCUUUUUGACACACAGAUGUGGGGGAUUUGAGAACACUUGACACAGCCUCUUUACAGGAGGAUGCUAUUUUUUGUACUAGAGAAUGGGGAGAAGUACUGGGAAUCUCCUUAGAAGUUUCGUGAUUGUGGAAGAACUUGAAUUAGACAUGGUCCACAUGCAUAGUCAGUCCAGGUCCUCACUGGAGGCGUCCCUUGUUUCCAUGUCAGGUUUUAUUUAUAAUGCCUUCAGUUUGCUGCCACAAUCUGCCUAAUGUUAGCGUUGGGCUGCCUGGGCCCUCCCUAAAUGUGGCCCUGCCUUUGUUACAGGUCAUCUAUACUCUGCGUAACCCUAGAGAUGUGAUGGUUUCAAGCUACCACUUCAUCAAAGGCUUCAAAGAAUGGAAGGAUGCUGGGACUUUGGAAGAGUUCAUGGAGAGAUUCCUGAGUGGGGAAAGUAUGGAAGGAGGCAAAUCAGCCACUCCUGUUUGGUGUGACCCAGCAACAGUGAUACGGAAUAUCAGAAUGUAUAUAUUUUUAGCUAACGCAACAGUCCUAUCAGAGAACUAUAAUUCCCAGUUGGAUACAUGGAGAAGGGGAGAAAUGGGGAGAGGUCCUAAAUUUGUUAUUUGAUUUCAAAAUAAAUCAAUAAAUGCCCAUUCAAAUGGGCGAGAAAGGCACUAAAAUGAGAAUAGGGUGAAACUUAAGGAAAGUCCUUAACACCAACAAGACAAUAGAUCAGAAUCGAUGAUAGCAGACAUUUCUCACUGCUGGCAGAAAGAAAAAGAAACCUUAAUGGAGAAAGCCCAUUAAAUUGUAAGAUUGUUGACUCAUUCAAACCUUUACUUCUCUUGUAUGUGGAUAAUGUCAGUAGAUAGAUCAGUCAGCAGGUGGCAUUGGACUCAGGGUAGCAUUGAAGUCUCCUGUUACUGAUUUUGUUCUUAAGGGAUAAUGCAGUUAUUUUCCAAGUUCCUGACUGAUGUUUCCUCUACAUCUACAAUAGCAUUCUCUACUCCUCCCCACAACUCCUUACAUUUCACCCUUGCUUCCCCUUUGCUCUUCCAGUAGAUUAUGGUUCCUGGUUUGACCAUGUGAAAGGCUGGGUGGAGAUGAAGGAGAGAGCCAACAUCUUCUUUAUCACCUAUGAAGAACUACAGCAGGUAAAGGUCCAGUUUUAACUGUGUUGACCUGCAGCCCCUAUUCUGAUAUUAUUCACACAUGAAGGUGCCUUCUUUUUUGAAAGAUUCUACCAAUAUUGGCCAGAAAGGGAUUCUGAGCAUGUGCAAAAUUCGGUGCUACCUCUACAUACACUGCAUAUCAUGUGCAGAGUACAUUUCCUUAUUUCUACAUUGGAGCAGAUGUGACAAUAACCUGCUUUUCUGCUGCAAAGGUAAUGUCUCUUGGUAACUCAGGUGCCCCCUGUAUUCGGUACUGGCUGAGGAGAGGUGGAGACAGAGUGGCUUCUGCAAGGUGAUAACAGCAAAUUCCACAUCCUCAAGACAUUCAUUUUGCCCAAAGCCAAUUCCGACAUAAGGAGGAGGUGCAGUUGCGGGCUCACGACCCCAAUAACUGUGCGGGGCCGGCUUUAGCCCCACAUGACCUGGGGAAUCCUUGGGCCGCGUCAGCCCCAGGGCCAGCGAAUCGGCUGGCCCCGGGGGUGUGGCCUGGGUCAUUUAAUUCCCGUGCGGCCCCGGGAUCUCCCCUUUUCGUCCUCGCAUUCCGGUAAAGAUUUCUGGGGGGGCGUUGCCUCGUCCAAAACCUAUGGAGGUCAGGGCCUAAAGCAUGCCCCUGAGCGGUGACCCCUCAGGGUUCCUAGUGGUGUACAUCUCAGGGCUCCCCCUACUGAUGUUAACCCUUUACGGUUUUCAUGCUAACAGGCUGAAGCAGGAUAGUCUGAUAGGACCAAUGCCUAAAGCCAAUACCGCUCUUACCUGUAACCAAUAAAGUUGUGGUCAUUUUUUGCCCAUUAACCUAAACUAAUGGUGUCCUGUGUCUUCAUUUAUUCCAACUGGUGGGAGGCGGGAAUAGCCAUGCAAUGCACAUUGCAUACUGGUACUCAUGCUCUCUGUGUGCCACCUGAUGAAGGGCAAGCUCUCUACAUCACAUGAGGAUUCACAGCCAUUUGCUUUUCCCUUCUGCAGGACCUUCGAGGCAGCGUGCAGAAGAUCUGUCAUUUUCUUGGCAAGGAGCUGAACAGCCAACAAAUUGAAUCUGUGGUGGAAAACGCCUCCUUCCACAAGAUGAAGGACAACAAGAUGUCCAACUUUUCCACAACACCAGAGAACCUUUUUGACCAUACAAAAGCAACGCUCAUGAGGAAAGGUAAUAACAUUGGAGUGCCAAGGAAUAAGGCCACAAUGUUGCAUGCCAGGGGUGAAGAACCUCUUCUUUUUCUGUGGAUGUUUGAAUGUCUCACAGAAAAAGUCUAUCAGCAACCAGUCAAUAGAGCGUAGAGUCAGAGCUGACUGUGAACACAGUUUGCAGGUCCCGAAGGGGGUACAGUUUGCAGGAUUGUAUACCUUCCUCUCUGUGCAACAUCCCAUCUACGUCUAUCUAUUUCAUGUGUGUCCAGAUCUAAAUAAGAAAUUAUUCUGAAAGAGGCAGUCUGGAGAACAAGGGUGUUUCUGCACGAUUUUGAGUCCUGGAUAAUGCUGGGGACUCCCUGAAUAUAGGUUGCAGAUUCUCUAGGCCAUCAAGAAACAGUAGUUGCCUCAGAGUUGUUUAUGCUAGAUUUGGCAGAUUCUGUGCCUUUCACAUCAAUUUGGAAAGCAAGCAGAAAUUCAGCAGACAGAGCAACAGGCACACAGUUCAUGGAGCUCUCUGUGGUGCAAUAAGAAAACAUGUCUGGAUGAGACACCCAGCUGGUCCAGGUACCCAACAUGCAUGCAUUAGUGCUGCUGGAAAGCCAGAUCAGGAGGGUGGGAAUGGUUGGGGAGGGGCUCAGGGCAAGCAGUCAGGGGGCAUGUUCUUUCCCCCCUAAUGUCAGCAUAUUAUGUGCCCUUCACAUUUAUUUGGAAAGCAAGCAGAAAUUCAGCAGUUAAACCAUUCCAAAUCUCUGCACGUAUACUUUCCUGAGUCCUAUGCUAUAGGGCCACAGAGUCUGAGUUCUCCAUCUCUAAAGCUGCAAAGGGAACCUAACUGAAUGGUUUUUCACCUCAAAGUGGUUAAAAUGGAUGUGAGAACAAAGUGCCCCACUGUGCCCUCAUUGACUGGUGGCUGUUCAUGAGAGAAAGCUUGGUAUGGAGGUCCUUGAGGCAAGCUUUUAUGUCAUGUGCAAUCUGAGGUGGUACCGUCCUCUAACAAGAACGGACCAUGCCAGAGAUGGCAUGUUUGCCUCAUAAUCAGAAGUGGUAAAUGCGUAGAGAGCAAGCAGGACCCAUUGCAUUUUCUGCCAGAUGUGCUGGAAAGGCUACAGUUCUUCAUUCCACAUACAGAUGCUGACGGGAUUUGCUGCUGCAUCUAAACAGCGAAAGAACAGUGUCCUCCAUUUUACCUGAGGGCAAUAGGCUUUUAAGGGACAGACAUUGUAGCUCUACAGCUCAGCACUGCUUACUAAUGCCUGAGCAUGAGAAAGAAAAGCUCUAAUUUGAGCUGAAGUAAUUUCAGGUGAACUUGUUUGUGGUUGGCAUUUGCUCUUGUGUUGUUCCAGGGAUCUCUGGAGACUGGAAGAACCACCUGACAGUGGCGCAGAGUGAACGCUUUGACCAUGCUUAUUGGGAGAACAUGCGUGGUGUGAAUAUGACCUUCCCAUGGGACUGAAGAAUCCCAGAUUGUUGCUCCUGCUGUUCUCCACAUUCUUAUGUAUCAGAUGGAUUGGGUAUUUUCUGCUGAAUAAACAGAUACCUGAUCAGGAAUGGUACAGUUGCUGUUAUUUGUUUUUUGUUUACUAAAUCACAAUGUGGCUUUAGAGCUCAGAGGUCUCACUGCGUCAGCUGAGACUGAGACAUCCCUUGUACAUCGCCUUCAUAGACCAGAUAAUGGCCUUCAAACUCUUCACACUGCUCAAGAUAGGAUGUCCACCUAAGCUUCACAAGAUGAUUUUCUACUUCCAUGAAAACAUGCCCAGGUCCAUCCAAUAUGAAGGCUCAUCCUCAAUAUGAGGCUCAUCCUGUUUGUAUUCUUUUUUAAAAUGCAUGUACUGCUGUUAGAAAAGUUCCUCUUUGAAUGCUAAAGAGCAGGGUAAACUGAAUAAAUUUAUAUAAUGGGUUAGAGACUGGCUAAAUGAAUAUUUAUCUGUUCAUUCCUAAAAAUAUUUAUAUACCACUGUAUCAUAAAACUAAACAGUAAAAUCACAAAAAGCUAAGAACAAGUUAAAAAACAAACAAAAAAUAAUUAAAAACAAACAGCAACAGACCAUAGCAGGAAAUGUACUCUUAAUGGCCUGCACUGGCCUGGCGCAACAGAGAAUUUUCAAGCAGGCCUUUAAAAGGUGGCACAAAAGGCUCCUACUGAAUCUCUGUUGCCAAGGGGUUCCACAGGGCAAGGCCAAUGACACCGAAAGCUCGGUUUCUUGUCAAAUGAGACACACCAACUCAGGAAACAACUGAAGAUAUUCCUGCAGAUGAUCUCAGUGAUUGUGCUGGAUUAUAAGGUUUCAGGUGAUCCCGGACGUAUCCUGGACCAGGUUGUUCAGGGCUUUGUAAAUCAAUGCAAGAACCUUGAACCUGGCUCAGUAGCAGAUGAGCAGCCAGUGCAGCUGUUUUAACAGUGGGGUCACAUGUUCUCAACCAGAAGCUCCCGUUAGCAAUAUGGCUGAAGCAUCCUGCAGCAGCUGGAGUUUCUGAACCAGACCCACAGGCAGCCCCACAAGGAACACAUUACAGUAAUCUAGCCUCAAGGGUACCAGUGCGUGAACUACAGUGGACAUGCUAUAGACUGGGGCAAAAGCUAUUCUCAGCUGGCAUGCUGCUUGAAGAAAAGUGGGAAGAGCAAAGACCAGAAGAAAAAGAGGAGAAGAGGCAGCCAGUGGUGGAAAGUUCUUCACAAGUUGAAUUGCAGGCUGAUUCAGGCCUAUUCCAGUGACCGGGGGGUGGGGGGGGGCAGGGAUCUGUGCUGAGUCAGGUUGAGGCAGCCCAGGAUUUCAGAGUGAUCCCCAAGGAGCUUAAUUGUGCACCCUUCCUCAAAUUGCCUUUAUCAUGCGGAGUGAGAAGGACGGUAAGCUUCUUUUACGUAUGAACUGACAGAAACAGCAGCUUCGUGUCACCAGACACAUAUAUGUUAUCCACUCCAUAGUCUGGUACAUGUUAUCCACUCCAUAGUCUGGUACUUGAUUUUUGCACCACUGGCAGGGACCAGUUUUCUUAACCCCUAAGUUUCUUCAGUGAAAGCGCUGAGGAAGCAGGUCUGAGCAGAGCUGAAUCCUUGCAUAACAGCUGGUGAGCAGCGGACUUUGUCUGGAGGGCUGGAAAAUGCUCCUUCGCAAGUGACUCUCCUAGCAGGAUCGAACCCCCUCCCCAUCUAUGAAUGUGGGAGGUGUGUGUGUGGGGGGGGAGAGAACACACCUUCCCCCUUGACUAAAUGUUUAAGUCUUGCUCUGUGAGCCAGGAAAAGAAGGAAGCUCCAGAUUCGAAUGGAAGUGAGCAUGGCCUGUGUCUUUCAGAAGCAAGCCUAGUCUGGAAUAGAAACUCCCCUCUCUGGUUGGCAGUGGUUUCAUCCAAAGUUCAUUCGCACUUUCAUCUCAUCUAUGUAGGAAGUGCAUGCUAUGCUGAGUUGUUGAUCUUCUGCUGACAGAAAAAUAUACCUGCUGAAGUUUCCCUCAUUCCUCCUGCUUCCUGAUAUUACUGCAGACUCUUUGCAAGGUUUCCUCACACAGUAAGUAUCUUUCCCAGACCCACAGGAUGCUCCAGUAGCUGCUGAAUUAUAAAGACUGCUCCUGUUUCCUUCCUGUAUUCAAGGUUUGAUUACGUUCUUUCAGAUCAUCUCAACCUCAUUUUUCUCCCUUGAUGAAUUCUUCCCCAGUUGCCUUCUCCCUUUUCCAGAUUCCCUCUUUCCUUUUCCAGAUUGGAACAUGCAUGGGUUUUAAAUUGACUGCUAUAUUCUAUAAAUGUAGCAGUGGAAGAAAGACAGGACAACAGGUCCAUCCACUGGCUCUUCUGAGAGACCUGCUCCUCCUGGCUCCUCUCCUCCCUGAACUGUCUGCUAUUGGCAGUCCUCCACCUGUUGAGAGAGAAGGGAGAGCAAUGCCUCUGCUGAGGGACCCUCUUCAUUUCACUUCUCUUCUUCCCAAACAAUUUGGUAAUCAAUUUCAGAUCUUUGAAGCUUUACAUAUGGGUUUUCUUUCCCCUUUCCUUUGGAUUGUCUUUUGAGAUUUUAAGGCUGUGAGUGGGGACUCUUUGCUCUGCUCUUGGUUUGCCGCUGUUACGUAAAGCUGUUCUGGACAUGUUUGCAGCUACUGAGCAAGUGGAAUGCUGUAAAUCAAUAAUGAGUAUCAAGCGUUUCAUAUACAGGCAAAAGUUCACCUCACCUGGCCUCAUAUUGGCAGAAGCAGGAAAGAGGAAAGACUAUUUUGCACUUCAGGUAAACAGUGUGGGAGUAGCCCCAGAAGCAGUUGUGCAUGUGUGUGUAUGGAGGGGUGUGUGUCUUUUUUUAGGCAGGUGUGGCUGUGAUGUAACACUCUCUUCUUGCGUAAACUGAUUUUCCUCCAGUUGAUGCAUAGUGGCAGUGAUCCAGUGGAGGUGAAUGGGGCCUAUUUCCUCAUGGAAGUGAAGGUGAUUAGAGUUUAUUGUGUGACGAUUUUUUUUUUAAAAUGAUAUUUAUUCCAAGUUUAGGAUUACAAAGAAGAAAAGAAAAACCAUACAAAAUAAAAUAAGCAAAUAACAAAAAACAAACAGUAAAGAAGACUUAACAAAAAAAUAAAGAUGAGACUUCCGGUUGGUGCCAGCAGCAAUGGCUGACCUCCUUUGAAGUUCGGAGGGGGUAGCUCAGCGGGAGAUCGGGUCCUGUGCGCUCCGGCGAAGCGGGGACCCUCAGAAAUCGCAGGCGCGGACGCCUGCGAACGUGGAGGCUCGGCGGGCACCCUGAAGCGCCCCCAACCUGAAAAGAAGCCUUUUGGGGCUUCGGAAGGGAGCGGGGGAGAGAAGCGCGGUGCUGCGAGCGGAUCGCUGCUCCCGCUGAGCGAAGCCGCGUUGCCGUUGCUGGAGAGCGCUGACUUAUUCCUGGGAAAUUCGGACUUAAAACUAACCGUGAGUAGAGGAAUUGGACAAAAGAGUAGAAUUUGGACUAAUUUGGAACUUUGGCAAAAAGCGGAAAAGUUUAAAGCUUUUAAAAAUGGCUGAAUUGGCUACCGCGGUGGAAGCUUAAACAGGAAGUCGGCUUCACUGCAUUGUAUAAAGAACAAAGCAAAGAGAUUUGGAGCUAAACGUGAAGAGCUGAAUUGAAAUAAGUGUAAUCUUCUGACCUGAGGACUUUGGAGGGAUCUACCCUUAGGAGAGUUAAGGGAAAGACUUUUGAUUUUACAGGAUUGUUUAAACUGAAAGACUAAAUGAGUGAUCUGUCACUCAGCUGUCAAAGCUGUCAAAAUUGCUAAAGCUGUUUGCUGGCUGCAAAGGAGAUACAGAGUGGCCAAUUUUACUGAGAAAAGACUGGAAAAGACUGAAAAGUUAUAUUGUGGCUUUUACUUUGGACUCUUUUUCUCCUCUUACUUAGUAUCUUUCCCUUGUUGUUUUAAAAGACAGUAACUUGUUAAGUGGCAACAGUGUCCAUCUAGUGGGACUUUCUGUAACUGCAGGAAAGGAAAGGAAUUUUCCAAGUAUAAACAGGAAGAGUGGACGUGGGAAAGUAACCUGACCUUCACUCUGUUAUGGCUGAUGGUUUUAAGGACCAGUCAACCUUGAGAUCAGGGAAACCUUGGACACAUAGAAGGCAAUCAUCUGCUGGUCUGCCUACAUCGGCAACACAAUCUAAGCUUGGUGGAAUGUCGGAGGAAUUUUUAGCUAGUGCUCUGUCUAAGAUUAAUGAUUCAAUACAGCAGCUAUCUACAAAAGUGGGAGAGACGAACAGGAAGGUGGAAGAGACCAGUCAGAAAGUGGAUAUUGCAAACAGGAAAAUUGACCUAAAUACAGAAACAUUAGGCAACUUGGAGAAAAAAGUAAACAGCAAUACGGAAUCUAUCCAGAAAUUGCUGCAAGACUCAAAGUCAAUACAGGAAAAAACUGCUGCUGUAGAGUUUAAAUUGGGGCAGUUGGAAACUGAAAAAGUACCAGACAUACAGAAAGAGAUCGCAGAACAUAAGCUAACGUUAUCUAUGAUAGACCUCAGAGACAAACAAACGAAUCUCAGAAUCAGAGCUGUUCCUGAGUUGGAGAAAGGUACUUUGAUAGACUUUUUGACACAAGAAUUUCUGGACUUUUGGAAAUCGGAAUUGAAACAAGAGGAUUUUAAGAUCGUGAGGGCCUUUCGAUUGGGGAAAGGAGGAAGAAAGAUUAAAAUAAGGGACUGUUUGAUUACUCUUCGAUCUAAGGAAGAAAGGGACAAAAUUUUGGGUGUACAUUAUGAAAACCCUUGACAAUUAUACAAUCAAAAGUUGAAAUUUUUAAAGAUAUACCAAAACAUCUUCUUGAUUUAAGAAAGGAUUUUGGAGACUUGGUGGACUUGUUGAAAAAAUAAAAUUCUUUUCAGGUGGGAAUUUCCCCAAGGCCUAUCCUUUAGUUUUAAGGGAAGAAAGACCAAGAUCAGAUCAGUGGAGGAAAAGAACAAGUUCCUGAGUGCAUACGAAGAAGACCUACUGAAAGGACUGGGAAAAGACAUUGCGAUACCGGACAAGAGUCAGCAAAAAAAAGGGAAACCAACGCCACCGACAGACAUAGACAAUCUUCUUGGGGCUGCUGGAGGAGAAGGAGAGUAGUUACAAAAUGACACUACAAAUUUUAAGCUGGAACAUUAAUGGUCUAAAUUCGUCGGCUAAAAGGGGAAGAGUAUUUCAUACAUUGAAAAAAGAACAUUUGGACUUGAUCUGUUUACAAGAGACUCAUGUGACAAGGCUGCAUCGGAAAAUUUUGAUAAAUAAAAGAUUGGGAGAGGAAUUUAUUUCAUCGGACAAUGUUAAAAAAGAGGGGUAGUACUUUAUGCGAAGGAAAGCCUGUCACCAAAAUUCAUAUUUAAAGAUGAUCAAGGAAGAUAUAUAGCAAUUGAAAUUCAAUUCCAAGGACAGAAAUUCUUGAUAUUAGGUGUAUAUGCACCAAAUGAGGGAAAAUCAGAAUUCUUCAAGAAAUUGCAUGAAACUCUCUUGGACUAUUUGGAUUACAAUAUCAUCUUGAUGGGAGACAUGAAUGGAGUAGUGUCUACAAAUAUGGACAAGGCCCAAAGACAAACAGUGACAAAAGAUGGAAGACUACCAAAGACAUUCUUUGAAAUGACUGACAAUAUGGAUCUUGUGGAUAUUUGGCGAACAAAGAACCCCUUGGAAAGAGAAGGAACCUUCUUCUCUGAAGCAAAUAUGACAUGGACAAGAAUAGACCAAAUCUGGAUAACUAGAGGACUGGCUCCUAAAAUUAAAAAAGCAGUGAUUUGUCCGAAAAUCUGCUCCGAUCACAAUCCAGUAAAGAUUGAAAUGACAUCAAUGCCAAUUGGGGCCUUUAGAUGGAGGAUGAAUGACUCCCUAUUUAGGAAUGAGGAAAUUGUUAAAAAGGCUCAAAAAAAUUUGAGAGACUAUUUUGAAAUAAAUUUGAAUACUACGAUAGAAAAAAGAGUGAUUUGGGAUGCUAGUAAAGCGGUGAUGAGAGGAUUCCUGAUACAACAAAAUGCAAUUAGGAAAAGAUACCAAAAUGAGAAGAGAGAAAAAAAUCUUGGAGAAAAUAAAGGAUGGAGAAAAAAGACUGAGAGCGAAACCGAACUCACAGGAGAUUUUAAAAGAAAUAAAGCUAUACCAAGUACAGUAUAUGAAAUUGAUGAAUCAGGAGAUAGAAUGGAAGAUUAAACAGAUGAAACAAAAGACCUUCGAAUCGGCAAAUAAAUGUGGGAAGUUAUUGGCCUGGCAAAUGAAGAAAAGACAAAAGCUGAAUACAAUCACGAACUUGGUUGUAGAAGGAAAGAAUAUACAGAAUCCUGGAGAGAUUCGGAAGUGCUUUCAGAACUAUUUCAAACAGCUAUACACGCAGGAGACUCAGAAAGAUUUAGACAUUGACCGAUUUUUGGAAAAUAAUGGAUUACAAAAAAUAUCUCAAGACAGUAAAUCAAUAUUAAAUUCGAUUAUAUCUGAUCAAGAAGUGGAAGGAGCCAUUCAGAAUAUGAAAUUGGGCAAAUCUCCAGGGCCGGAUGGACUAACUGCAAAGUACUACAAAACUUUGAAAGAAUGGUUAUUGCAACCGUUGAAAGAACUUUGUAAUGAAAUACUACGGGAGGAAAAGCACCCGAGUCGUGGAAAGAAGCGUACAUUACACUUAUACCAAAAACCGAGGGGAGAAGACACAGUUGAAAAACUACCGUCCCAUAUCCCUGUUAAAUGUGGAUUACAAAAUUUUUGCUGAUAUUAUGGCUUAGACAUAUAAAAACGUAUUGGUAAAAGAGAUUCAUAAAGACCAGGCGGGUUUUCUGCCUGGGAGACAUUUGUCAGACAACACUAGGAACAUCAUUAACAUUUUGGAAAAAUUGCAAGUCAAUAUUAAUACUAAAGCUGUUUUAAUAUUUGUAGAUGCAGAGAAAGCGUUUGAUAAUAUUUCUUGGAGUUUUAUGAAGAAAAAUCUGCAGGGGAUGGGGGUAGGCCAAAGUUUCGAAAAUGGUAUAAGUGCAAUUUAUUCGGAACAAAAGCUAAGCUUAUUGUGAACAAUGUAGUUACAGAAGAAUUUAAGAUAGAGAAAGGAACAAGACAGGGCUGCCCAAUCUCCCCAUUGCUUUUUAUAUCGGUCCUCGAGGUUUUGCUCAAUAUGAUUAGAAAAGACCAAUUGGUUAAAGGUAUACAACUCGGAGCUAAACAGUACAAAUUGAAAGCUUUCGCUGAUGAUUUAGUUUUGACAGUACAGGAGCCAGAAGCUAGCACAAAAAGGGUGCUACAAUUAAUACAAGAAUUUGGUCAAGUAGCUGGUUUUAAAUUAAACAAGAUGAAAACCAAGGUAUUAGAGAAAAAUCUUACAGAGAUAGAGAAGGAGAGGUUCCAGAAAGAGACAGGAUUAACAAUUGUUAACAAAGUGAAAUAUUUAGGGGUGAAUAUGACUGCUAAAAAUGUGAAUUUGUUUAAAGAUAAUUAUGAAAAAUGUUGGUCAGAGGUGAAGAAGGAUCUAGAAAUAUGGUCGAAAUUGAAGUUAUCAUUGCUUGGCCGAAUUGCUGCGAUAAAGAUGAAUGUACUGCCUAGAAUGUUGUUUUUGUUUCAAACAUUACAAAUUGUGGACAAAAUGGACUGUUUCAAGAGGUGGCAAAGAGACAUUUCCAAAUUUAUCUGGCAGGGCAAAAACCUAGAAUAAAAUUUAAGAUAUUAACAGAUGCGAAGGAAAGAGGGGGAUUUGCCCUGCCAGAUCUUAAACUUUACUAUGAAUCAGCCGCUUUUUGCUGGCUGAAAGAUUGGCUACUUCUUGAAAAUGUGGACAUUUUGGAUUUAGAAGGUUUUGAUAACGUCUUUGGAUGGCAUGCAUAUCUAUGGUAUGAUAAAGUUAAAGCGCAUAAGGCCUUUAAGAACCAUAUUGUCAGGAAAGCAUUGUUUAAUGUUUGGGUGAGAUACAAGGAUUUGUUGGAAAGUAAAACACCAAGGUGGCUGUCACCAAUGGAGGCAAAGGCAUUGAAAAAAACUAAUAUGGAGACAAACUGGCCAAAAUAUUGUGAAAUUUUAGAACAAGUUGGAGAUAAACUAAAAUUGCAGAGCUUCGACAAAUUAAAAACUAAAGUUCGAGAUUGGCUGCAUUAUUAUCAAAUAAGGGAGGUUUUUAACUUAGACAAAAGAUUGGUUUCCAGGAGGAAAAAUCUAAACUGGAAACGGAAUUGUUAGAACCUAAAACUAAAAAUUUGUCAAGAAUGUAUAAUCUGCUGUUGAAAUGGAAUACACAGGAUGAAAUGGUUAAAUCUGUUAUGAUUAAAUGGGCGCAAGAUGUUGGGCAUAACAUUAUGUUUGCUGACUGGGAACGGUUAUGGACCACAGGUAUGAAAUUUACGGCUUGCAAUGCUUUAAGAGAAAACAUAAUGAAAAUGAUUUACAGGUGGUACUUAACCCCAGUCAAGCUAGCAAAAAUUUAUCAUUUGCCUGAUAAUAAAUGUUGGAAAUGUAAAGAAAAUGAAGGUACUUUUUUUCACCUUUGGUGGACGUGCCCAAGGAUCAAGGCCUUCUGGGAAAUGAUAUAUAAUGAAUUAAAAAAGGUAUUGAAAUAUACUUUUCUGAAGAAACCAGAGGCCUUCCUCCUGGGCAUGGUCGGCCAAUUGGUGCGAAGGGAAGAUAGAACUUUUUUCAUGUAUGCGACAGCAGCAGCAAGAAUACUCAUUGGGAAAUACUGGAAGACACAAGAAUUGCCUACUCGGGAAGAAUGGCAGAUGAAAGUGAUGGACUAUAUGGAACUGGCUGAGAUGACCGGCAGAAUUCGAGACCAGGAAGAAGGGUCGAUGGAAGAAGAUUGGAAAAAAUUCAAAAUAUAUCUUCAAAAAUACUGUAAUAUAAAAGAAUGUUAGAAAGAGGUUGGAAAAGAAUAUUAGGUCGUAUUGGCAGAUAUGAGUAUAAUGGAAUUAAGUAAAUAUGAAGUAUGGAAAUUGAUGAAGAUAGAGGAGAAUUAAAUAUUAUUGAAUGUUAAAAUGUUAAAAUAAGUAAAUGAAAAGAAGGUUAGAAGGAUUUGCUGGAAAUACAAUUUGAAUUAGAAUACAAAGCUGAGAGGUGAGAGGAGGUCAUGGAAAUAAGCAAAGGGAAAAAAGGUUAGGUAAAGGUUUAAUUUUUGCUUUAUUUUAAUGUAAUGCAUCUUUAUAUAUAUAUAUAUUUUUUUAUAUAAUAUUUAUUCAAAUUUUAAGAUUACAGAAAAAGAAAAAGUAAAGCAAGAAAAACCAAUCACAUACAUCUUACAAGAGAAACACACAAUACAAGAAAAAAUACACAAGACAAAAAAUCACAAUAAGAAAUAACAAAAGAAAAAUUCAAAUUAAACCAUUAGAACCAUUUUCCCAUUUACUUAUUUCCGUGACUUCCCUCACUUCUCUGCUUUGUAUUCUAAUUCAAAUUGUAUCUCCAGCAAAUCCUUCAAACAUUCUUUUCAUUUACUUAUUUUGACAUUUUAACAUUCAAAAAUAUUUAAUUCUCCUCUAUCUUUUAUUUUACACUUCAUAUUUACUUAAUUCCAUUAUACUCUGUCUGCCAAUACGGUCUAAUAUUUCUUCUCCAACCUUUUCUAACAUUCUUUUAUGUUACAGUGAUUCUGAAGAUAUGUUUUAAACUUUUUUAAGUUGUAUGGCAGGGCAAAUCCACCUCUUUCUUUAGCAUCAGUUAAAAUCUUAAAUUUUAUUCUUGGCUUUUUGCCCUGCCAUACAAAUCUCGAAAUAUCUCUCUGCCAUUUCUUGAAACAGUCCAUUUUGUCCAAAAUCUGUAAUGUUUGAAACAAAAACAACAUCCUAGGCAAUACAUUCAUCUUUAUCGCAGCAAUUCGGCCCAACAAUGAUAGCUUCAAUUUUGACCAUAUUUCCAAAUCCUUCUUUACUUCUAACCAACAUUUUUCAUAAUUAUCUUUAAACAAAUUCACAUUUUUAGCAGUCAUAUGAACCCCUAAAUAUUUCACUUUCUUAACUAAUGUUAAUCCUGUCUCCUUCUGAAACCUCUCUUUCUCAAUCUCUGUAAGAUUUUUCUCUAAUACCUUAGUUUUCAUCUUAUUCAAUUUAAAACCUGCUACUUGACCAAAUUCUUGAAUUAAUUGCAAUACUCUUUUUGUACUGGAUUCUGGCUCCUGUAGUGUCAAAACUAAAUCAUCAGCAAAAGCUUUCAAUUUGUACUGUUUAGCUCCGAGUUGUAUACCUUUGACCAAUUGGUCUUUCCUGAUCAUGUUAAGCAAAACCUCCAGGACCGAUAUAAAAAGCAGUGGGGAGAUUGGGCAACCCUGUCUUGUUCCUUUCUCUAUCUUAAAUUCUUCUGUAACUACGUUAUUUACAAUCAACUUAGCUUUUUGUUCCGAAUAAAUUGCACCUAUACCGUUUUCAAAACUUUGACCUACCCCCAUCCCCUGCAGAUUUUUCUUCAUAAAAUUCCAAGAAAUAUUAUCAAAGGCUUUCUCCGCGUCCACAAAUAUUAAAACUGCUUUAGUAUUAAUAUUAACUUGCAAUUUUUCUAAAAUAUUAAUGAUAUUCCUCGUAUUGUCUGACAAAUGUCUCCCCGGGAGAAAGCCCGCUUGGUCUUUAUGAAUUUCUUUCACCAAUACAUUUUUUAAUCUUUUAGCCAUAAUUUCUGCAAAAAUUUUGUAAUCCACGUUAAGUAGGGAUAUGGGACGGUAGUUCUUCAGCUGUGUCUUUUCCACUUCUGUUUUCGGUAUGAGUGUAAUAUAUGCUUCUUUCCACGACUCGGGUGCCUUUCCUCCCCGUAGUAUUUCAUUGCAAACUUCUUUCAAAGGCUGCAUUAACCAUUCUUUCAAAGAUUUAUAAUACUUUGCAGUCAGACCAUCUGGCCCUGGAGAUUUGCCCAAUUUCAUGUCCUGAAUAGCUCCUUCCACCUCUUGAUCAGAUAUUGUAGAGUUUAAUAUUGAUUUACUCUCUUGAGAUAUUUUUUGUAAUCCAUUUAUUUUCAAAAACUGAUCAAUGUCUAUUUCUUUCUGGAUCUCCUGCGUAUAUAACUGUUUGAAGUACUUCUGGAAACACUUUUGGAUCUCCCCAGGAUUCUGUAUGUUCUUCCCUUCUACUACCAAAUUCGUAAUAGUGUUAAGCUUUUGUCUUUUUUUCAUUUGCCAUGCCAAUAAUUUCCCACACUUAUUUGCAGAUUCAAAUGACUUUUGUCUCAUCUGUUUAAUCUUCCAUUCUAUUUCCUGAUUCAUCAGUUUCAUAUAUUGUACUUGGUAUAACUUUAUCUCUUUUAAAAUCUCCUGUGAAUUCGGUUUCGCCCUCAGUCUUUUUUCUCCAUCCUUAAUUUUCUCCAAAAUUUUUUCUCUCUUCUCAUUUUGGUGUCUUUUCCUAAUUGCAUUUUGUUGUAUCAGAAAUCCUCUCAUCACCGCUUUACUAGCAUCCCAAAUCACUCUUUUCUCAGUCGUAGUGUUCAUAUUUAUCUCAAAAUAGUCUCUCAGGUUUUUCUGGGCCUUUUUAAUGAUUUCCUCAUUCCUAAGCAAGGAGUCAUUCAUCCUCAAUCUGAAAGCUCCAUUUGGCGUUAAUAUCAUUUCCAUCUUUACUGGGUUAUGAUCAGAGCAGAUUUUAGGACAAAUUACCGCUUUUUUUGUCUUAGGGGCCAGUCCCCUGGUUAUCCAAAUUUGGUCUAUUCUUGUCCAUGUCAUUUUUGCUUCAGAGAAGAAGGUUCCUUCUCUUUCCAAGGGGUUCUUUAUUCUCCAAAUAUCCACAAGGUCCAUAUUGUCAGUCAUUUCAAAAAAUGUCUUUGGUAGUCUACCAUCUUUCGUCACUGUUUGUCUUUGGGCUUUAUCCAUGUUUGUAGACACUACACCAUUCAUGUCUCCCAUCAAAAUUAUAUUGUAAUCCAAAUAGUCCAAUAGGGUUUCAUGCAGUUUUUUAAAGAAUUCUGAUUUUCCCUCAUUUGGCGCAUAAACACCUAAUAUCAAAAACUUCUGACCAUGAAGCUGAAUUUCAAUUGCUAUAUAUCUUCCUUGAUCAUCUUUAAAUAAAAAUUUUGGUGACAGGCUUUCCUUUGCAUAGAGUACUACUCCUCUUUUUUUCACAUUGUCCGAUGAAAUAAAUUCUUCUCCCAAUCUUUUAUUAAUCAAAAUUUUCCGAUGUAGCCUUGUCACGUGCGUUUCUUGUAAACAAAUCAAGUCCAAAUGUUCUUUUUUUAAUGUAUGAAAUACUCUCCCCCUUUUUUCCGAAGAAUUUAAGCCAUUAAUGUUCCAACUUAGUACUUGCAGUGUCAUUUUGUACUUACUCUCCUUCUCCCCCAACAGCCCCCAGAAGUUUGUCUAUAUCUGUCGGUGGCGUUGGUUUCACUUUUUUUUGCAGACUCUUAUCCGGUACAACAGGCUCUUUUCCCAGUCCUUUCUGUAGAUCUUCUUCGUAUGCGCUCAAGAACUUGUUCUUUUCCUCCACUGAUCUUAUCUUUGUCUUUCUUCCUUUAAAGCUAAAGGAUAGGCCUUGAGGAAAUUCCCACCUAAAAAGGAUCUUAUUUUUUCUCAACAGGGCCACCAAGUCUCCAAAGUCUUGUCUUAAAUCCAAGAGGUGUUUCGGUAUAUCUUUAAAGAUUUCCACUUUUGAUUGCAGAAUUGUCAAAGGUUUCUCAUAAUGCAAACCCAAAAUUUUAUCCCUCUCUUCUUUGGAUCGGAGGGUAAUCAAACAGUCCCUUAUUUUAAUCUUUUUUCCUCCUUUUCCCAAUCUGAAGGCCCUCACAAUCUUGAAAUCUUCUUGUUUCAAAUCUGAUUUCCAAAAUUCCGCAAAUUCUUGUGUCAGAAAAUCUAUCAAGGUGCCCUUCUCCAGCUCAGGAACAGCUCUAAUUCUUAGAUUGGAUUGUUUGUCUCUGAGUUCGAUCAUAGACAGCGUCAGCUUAUGUUCUGCAAUCUCUUUCUGUAAGUCUGGUACCUUCUCAGUUUCCAGUUGCCCCACUUUAAAUUCCACAGCAGCAGUUUUUUCCUGUAUAGACUUUGAGUCCUGCAAUAGUCUCUGAAUGGAUUCUGUAUUACUAUUUACCUUUUCCCCCAAGUUAUCUAAUGUUUCUGUAUUUAAGUCAAUUUUUUUAUUUGCAAUGUCCACUUUCUGGUUCGUUUCUUCAACCUUCUUAUUCGUCUCAUCAACCUUUGUGCUAAGUUGUUGUAAAGUUUCAUUAAUCUUGGCCAGGGCACUGGCUAGAAUUUCUUCAGACAUUCCACUGGACUUAACUUGUGUUGCUGUCGUAGGCAAGCCGGCAGAUGAUUGCCUUCGAUGCCCCCAAGGUUUCCCAGAUCUCAAAACUGACGGAUCUAAUUUCUCUCUGCCAUCUGCCAUAACAAUGUGAAGGUCAAGGCCGUUUUCAAAUAUGCUGUUCCUGUUUACCAGUGGAAAAUUCCUUUGCUGCAAUUUCAGGGAGUCCCACUAGGUGGACACUGUUACCACCAUCCAAACUAGUCACUUUCCUUAUUGAAUAACAGGAAAGGAAAGAGAAACUAAGUAUAAACAAAGAUCGAGAUACAGUUCCAAAAUGUAACUUUCCAAUUAUUUUUCCAGCGAGGCUGGCCACAGUAUAUCCACCUUACUGUCAGCAGUUGGCUUUGACAGAUUUUGACAGCUGAGACGUCUCACUGGCAAAUCGCUCUUUAAACAUUUAUACAGUCCAGAAAAAACAAACCCCUUCCUUUUUUAUUCUCAGAAGGGUAGAAUCACCAAAAGUUCUCAGGUCGGGAAACAGCUCUUUUCAAAUCAGUUUCCAACGUUUAGCUCAAAGUCUCUAUGCUUUACACUAUUUACAAGGCAGGAAGCGGACUUCCUGUUUACACUUCCCACCGCGGUAGCCAAUUUUAGUCCUUGUUUUUGUUCCAAAUAAAGCCUUUCAAUUUUUAGUCCAAUUCACAAGCUUUAGAUCCAAUUUCUCCUACUCACGAUCAAUCUUUUAGUCCGAAUGUUCCAGGAAGAAAUCAGCGCUCUCCAGCAACGGCAACACGGCUUCGCUCCGCGAAAGCAGCAAUCAACUCACAGCACCACGCCUCUCCCCCGUUCGGCUCCGAAGCCUCAAAAAACAAGGCUUCCUCGCGAUUUGGGGGGGCGCUAAAGGGUGCCCGCCGAGUCUCCACGUUUGCAGGCUUCCGCGCCUGCGAUUUCUAUGGGUCCCCGCUUCGCCGCAGCGCUCAGGACCCGAUUUUCGCGGAGCCGAUUCCCUCCGUGUGAAGAGAAUCCCCCGUUCGCUAAUGGCGCUGAUCCGGAAGUUAUUGUGUGACGAUUUUGUGUCCAAGAUCUUACUGAGAUUUGAAAGCCUGAUAUGAUGUGCACUCAAAACCGAGUUCAUUGGAUUUUCCCACCACCAUACCUGGAGGCACCACCCAGACACCUAUUAAUGGCCCAGCAAUUCCUCCUGAACUCUCCCUAUUCUCUGCUGAAGCAGAGAAGGGGGGGGGGUUAAGAAGCUGCUGGAGAAUAAUGGGAAUGGCCCUCUCCGGCUGCAAGAAGCUCCUCCCGUAUCCCGGUCUCAAAGAACACACAAGAUCAUGAGAACUGAGUUUCUUGGGUUUUUCCCCACCACACCUGGUGGCACCACUUGAGCAUCUACUGAUGGCCCAUCACCACCUCCUGAACCCCCCUUCCUCGUGCUCCCCAGCUAUCCCCAGUGUUUGUUUCUAGAACAGUAGCUACCUGAAUGUCCCUAAGGAUGUGGCAUAAUUUUUCUUUCUCCUUCUCUCUCUCUCCCCUCAUCUUCAGUUUUUUCAGUAUCAUCAAUGCCUUAUUUCAAAUACAAGGGGAUCCCAUUUUCUCCAGAGUUUGUUUCAGAGGAAACACUCAGCUACGUGGAAAACGACUUCCAACUGUUGGAUGAUGAUAUAGUGAAUGUCACUUACCCCAAGUCAGGUCAGUGUUCCAAUUAGAAAAAUAGAUUUUGGAUUUAGUGGACAUAGUGUCCACUAAACCUGCCAGCCAUAAGUUUGCUAUUGACAUAAGUCAUGAACCACCACCAUGUAGCUGGAUAGUCCCUGGAAACCCAUGAAAAAUGAAUGAGUUUUUCAGAUACAGUCAUAGCUUGGAUCCUGAACAUCUUGGAAGCUGACUUUCUGGCUCCCGAACGAUCGAAAUCUGGAAGUGAAUGUUCCAGUAUUCGAACGUUGGUUUUUUUAGGAUGCAAAACAUGUAGUAAAGCUUCUACUAUUCUUUAUGAAACGCCUGCACAAUCGGAAACCAAUUGACAGCUACUCCUUGGUUUCUGAAAAUGGACUUCCGGAACGGUUUCCUUUCAAUUUACGAGGUACAACUGUAUUGCAAUAUAUAUGACCAUCUUAAACCAGUUCUCCAUUCCUGGAUAACGAUUACUUAAAUUAUAAGACAUUUACAAAUGAAGGAAGAUGGACAGCAAAUAAGUUGAAUAUCUCAAAAGAACUGUCUACCUCAUGUGAAAGUUACAUGUUUUUCACUUUCUGAACUACACAAAGUGAAACACAGGCAAUUCCUGAUUUUUGCAAUGUGCUUCUUCAGCUAAGUAAUGUGUACAAAAAUGCAUAUAAGUGUGCAUAAAAUGCAUACUUUAGUGGGGGAAAGCAUAGAAAUGCAUUAUAUUGGGGGGAAAUGCUUUGUAAAAAUGUGCAAGAAAUUUCACAAACUGAGCGCUCAUGAGCUGGACUGAGAAUAUUCCCAGGAGAAUCUUAUAUGCUAUGGCAUGCUUCUGUCAUGUCACUUGGAAGGCUGUCAGUGCUGGAUAUGGGUGGUGUGGGUGGUUCCCUUGCAAAGGGGCCCAAGCCGUGGGGGUUCAUAAUCAUAAUCACAAUCAAAUCUAUACUUAUAUGGUUACCUAAUGAUAUUUAUUAAAAAAGAAACUGUACCUUAAGAUAUUAUUGCGAAAAUAUAUUGGGGAGGUGAGGGGGAAAUUUUGUCCUUGCUCAGGACACCAUAUUACCAAAGUCUAUCUCUGAUGCUGUGUCAGGAUAACCAUCUCUACAGGUUGAUUGUAUAUAGACGAAUAAGCCACCUUUCUGGUAUAGUCAUUUUCCAAAAAUCCUCAUAAUUAACACGCAGUUAAUUUAAUAACUGAAUUAAAACAACAUGGAUUGACAAGAGCACAGCAAGGUGACUGUCCACCAGAAUAAAGAUUCUGUGAAAACCCACAACACAGGAGCUAAAUCCUAGGGCUAGGAAGUCCAUAGUAAGGCUACUUAGCAGUAUAAUUCAAGGAACCACAGGAUACUAGACUAGGAACCCCAUGAGUACAUCACAAAUCUAGCAAGCAGGUAAGUCAAUGGGUAACUAAGUUAAAAGAAGCAAAUUAUCAAGACCAGCAGGGGUGUGGGGUUUUUGCAUUGUUUUGCACCCUCUGCCUUUUGUAUGAAUAUCUCCCCAUGUGUAUGUCAGAAGUGCCAUGAGUUUCAGGCUCUCAGGGAACAAGUUCCUUCCCUUGAAGCCAAGGUUGCAGAACUAGAAAGUGUAGGAGGCAGAGUAAGUGGCCAAGGAGACCUUCAGGGAUGUGGUAGCUGGGUGGCCCUCCCACAAUGACAGUUCUCCUGCCCUCAGGAAGAAGGGAGGUCCUGAGAAAGGGGAACAUCACUUUGAAGAAGAGGGAGGCAUUCCCUUAGAAAGGACCCGUUUCUUGGGAGUUGGUAUUGGGACCUGUGCUUUUGUAACUUGUUCAUAAAUGAUCAAGUAGUGAGGUGACCAGGUUUGCUGACCCUAAAAAUAGAUGGUCAGUAAAAUGGUGAAUGAAUUUAAUGUAAACAAGUGUGAAGUGAUGCAUAAUGGAGCAAAACAUCUCAAUUUCCCGUACACGCUCAUGGGGUGUGAAGUGGAGGUGAUGCAGCAAGAGCGAGACAUUGGAGUAAUCUUCAAUAGCUCAAGGAAGAUGUUCAUCCAGUGUGCAGUGGUUGUGAGAAAAGCAGAUUCCAUGCUGGGGAACACUAGGAACGGAAUGAACACAAAACUGCUGCUAAGAUAAUGCUUCUCUCUAGCUUCCCACAGGCUUCUGGGAGAAACAGGAUGCCAGACUCAAUGGGUCAUUGGCGUCAUCCAGAAGGCUAUUCUUCUGUUCUCACUUGUGCCACACUCAACGAAAAAAUAUAGUCAGUUUCACCAUGGUAAACCGUUCCAGAAUUUUGGGGUCUUGCCCCAUAGGAGUGUGCUGAAUAGCUAGAAGAGGAAGAAAAUUCAUUGAAAUUCUUAUGUUUGUCUAAUUGCUUUUCAAGGGCCAGGUAUUAAUGCACAAUGACUGACUGGUGGAUUUCCUCCUAGGUACUCAUUGGAUGUCGGAGAUCUUGAGCUUAAUCCAGAGUCAAGGGGACCCCUCAUGGGUUCAGAAUGUACCACUGUGGGAAAGGGCACCCUGGAUUGAGCUGGAUGAUAACUUGCAGAUUGCCUUGAAAAAUCCUCCCCCCAGGCUCCUGGCUACUCAUCUGCCAUUCCAGCUUUUCCCCAAGUCCUUCCUCCACUCCAAGGCCAAAGUAAGAGAGGAACAAUGGACACAUCAAGACUGCCUUUGACUUAUGUCUUUUUGAGACACAGAUGUGGGGGAUUCUGGAACACUUGACACAGCCUGUUUACAGGAGGAUGCCAUUUUCUGUACUAGAGAAUGGGGAAAAAUACUGGGAAUCUCCUUAGCAGUUUCCUGAUUGUGGAAGAACUUUAAGUGUACAAGGUCCACAUGCAUGGUUAGCCCAGGUCCUCACUGGAGGUUUCCCCUGUUCCCAUGUCAGGUUUUAUUUAUCAUGCCUUCAGUUUGCUGCCACACUCUGCCUAUUGAUAGUGUUGGGCUGCCUGGGCCCUCCUUCAAUAUAGCUCUUCCUCUGAGGUGGGGAUUGGUUUUGUUUUGGUAUAAUUUUGUUUUGUUUUGUUUUGUUUUGCUAUUCUAUUUUGUAAAUGGAGGCUAGUAUGAGGCUUGGGAUUGCUACCGUGGAGGGGCGAGGGAGGUAUGGCGGUGGGGGCAGAUGUCAUAGGCGAAGGGGAUCGAGAUACGGAUAUGCUCCUACCCCUUCCAAUCUGCGCCCCAUCCCUAGGGACGAGGGUAGGGUGAGCAAGGAUUACUCACCUCCGUCACUGCUGUUGUGCCAGGUCUACAGGCAACAAAACCGCCACCCUGCGAGAUUUCCUUACCUCGCAGGGGGUCGACCUGGCUUGUGUGACGGAGACCUGGGUGCGUGAAGGGGAAACUGUUACCUUACGAGAGAUGGCGCCCCUGGGUUUCUCCGUCCUCCACCAGUCCUGGACUGUGGGCCAGGUGGGGAGGGGUGGUAUUAUUAAUCCAGAAAGAUUGUUCUUUCAGGGCUCUACCAUUGCCAUCGAUCCCCGGCAUUGAAUGUGUUGGCCUAGUGUGGGGCUCCGAGGUGAGCUUGGCUGUCUGGCUGGUGUACCGGCCACCUAGCGCACCAGCAGCCACCCUAUCAGGCCUGCUGGAGGUGGUGGCCGGCUGGCUCUUGGAGUUCCCUAACCUAUUGGUAUUGGGGGACUUCAACAUCCAUGCUGAUGCCACUCCCUCCUCACAGGCUCAGGACCUGGUGUCUUCCAUGGCGACACUAGGGCUUUCCCAGUUUGUUUCGGGUCCCACACAUCAAGCAGGCCACACGCUGGAUUUGAUCUUUGGCGUCAGUAUAGAUGUGAUCAUGUCUCCUUCGAUGAAGGUGCCAUGGUCUGAUCACUACACUCUGAAAGCCAGGACUGACUUUCCACUCCCACCCUGCUUAGGUGGCGAGCCAAUUUGGGCUUACCUGCAGAGGCUGAUGGACCCUGAUAGAUUCCGCCAAGCCUUGCAGGACCUUGCUCCCCCUGACGACUCAUUGACUGAGCUUGUUGAGGGCUGGAAUAUCCAGCUCCUGGCAGCCAUCGAUGAGAUUGCACCUAAGCGCCCUCUGCGACCCCGCAGAAACCGGGCUCCCUGGUUUACCGAGGAGCUUUGGAAAAUGAAGCGGGACCUCAGACGGCUAGAGCGAGUAUGGCAGGGUGCCCGUGACGGAGCCUCAAGAACAUCUUAUAGGGUUUUUAUGAAAACCUAUGAAAUGGCAGUGAAGGCCACUAAGAAGUCUUACUUCUCGGCCUCCAUUGCAUUCGCUAGCUCUCGCCCGGCGCAAUUAUUUAGUAUAAUUAGGUCUUCAACGUCCCUUGAGGGACAGCCAAAUUUAAAUAAUAAUUUGACACACAGCUGUGAGGCAUUUGCAAGCUUUUUUUGCAGAGAAGGUCCUGCUGCUCCGCCAUGACCUCCCUGCCCAUUUGGAUACAAUAAAAGAACUGGAGGCCCCUCGACUGUCCUCGGGUCCAGUACUGGACCACUUUGACCGGAUAUCCCCAGCCGAUGUGGACAGACUCCUCCGAGCUGGAAAGCCCACCACCUGUCCUCUCUUGGCUGAUUAGAGCGUGUCCAGACGAGGUGCGGGCCCCCCUGGGGGAUAUCAUCAAUUUGUCCCUUGGCAGCGGGACAUUCCCAGGGGAACGAAAGAAGGCAGUGGUGCGCCUGCUCUUAAAGAAAACAUCAUUAGAUCCCUUGUUGUUGUUUGUUUAGUCGUUUAGUUUUGUCCGACUCUUCGUGACCCCAUGGACCAGAGCACGCCAGGCUCUCCUGUCCUCCACUGCCUCCUGCAGUUUGGCCAGACUCAUGUUUGUAGCGUCGAGAACACCGUCCAACAAUCUCGUCCUCUGUCGUCCCCUUCUCCUUGUGCCCGCCAUCUUUCCCAAAUUAGAUCCCUUAGAUCUAUCCAAUUAUCGCCCGGUUUUGAAUCUUGCAUUCCUGGGUAAGGUGAUUGAGAGAGCGGUUGCUGAACAGCUUGGUAGGUUUCUGGAUGAAACAUCGGCUCUGGAUCCAUUCCAGUCCAGCUUCCACGCUGGUCAUGGGACUGAGACGGCCCUGGUCACCCUAACAGAUUAUCUCCGCAGGCAGCUGGAUCGAGGCAGGUUGGGGCUGCUGAUUCUUCUAGACCUGUCAGCAGCCUUCGACAUGGUCGAUCACGAACUCCUGGACUUCCGCCUUGCCGACGUGGGGAUCCAGGGCACAGUCCUUCAAUGGCUGUGCUCGUUUCUCUCUGGUCGGGGACAGAGGGUGGCGCUUGGGGGGGGGAAUUGUCAUCGCGCCGCUCCUUGGUGUGUGGAGUGCCUCAGGGUGCGAUACUCUCCCCCAUGCAUUUUAACAUCUUUAUGCGCCCCCUCACCCAGCUUGUCCGGAGUUUUAGGCUGGGCUGCCAUCAGUAUGCUGAUCACACCCAACUCUAUCUGUUGAUGGAUGGCCAUCCUGACUCGGCCCCAGACACACUGACCAGAUGUUUGAAAGCUGUGGCUGGAUGGUUACGUGGGAGCCGGUUGAAGUUAAAUCCUUCGAAGACAGAAGUCCUCUGGCUGGGACGGGACGAUAUGGGAUUGAGGGGGCAACUCCCAUCUCUUGCGGGGGUGCAAUUGGUGCCAGCACCGUCCGUUAAUAGUUUGGGUGUAAUCUUCGAUACCUCCCUCUCCAUGGAGGCGCAGAUUACAGCUAUAACAAAGGCGGCAUUUUUUCACCUCAACCAAGCUAAGCAGUUGGCUCCUUACCUCUUUCGCCCUGACCUAGCCACUGUGAUCCACACGACGGUCACCUCCAGACUGGAUUAUUGUAACUCGCUCUACGUGGGACUGCCCUUGAGACUGACCCAGAAACUCCAGCGGGUGCAGAAUGCCGCGGCGAGACUCCUUAUGGGGUCUUCGCUGCGAGAUCACAUUCAUCCGGUACUAUACCAGCUGCACUGGCUCCCGGUGGAGUACAGGAUCAGGUUUAAGGUGCUGGUUUUAACCUUUAAAGAUCUAUACGGCCUAGGACCCUCGUACCUACGGGACCGCCUCUCCUGGUAUGCCCCACAGAGGAACCUACGGUCUGCAAAUAAAAACAUCCUGAAGGUCCCAGGCCUCAGAGAGGUUAGGCUAGCCUCAACUAGAGCCAGGGCUUUCUCGGCUGCGACUCCAAUCUGGUGGAACGCUCUGUCACAAGAGACUAGGGCCCAGCGGGACCCGACAUCUUUCUGCAGGGCCUGCAAGACAGAGCUGUUCCACCAGGCCUUUGGUCAGGGCACAGCCUGUCUCCCUCCUUUCACAAUCUUCACAGAACUUUAGCUUAAUGGUUGCCAUCAAUUUGAUUUUAAUUAAUUUUUAUAAUGAAAUGUUUUUAGAAUGUUGCACUAUUUUAUUGUUGUUAGCCGCCCUGACCCCGGCUUCGGCUGGGGAGGGUGGGAUAUAAAUAAAAUUUAUUAUUAUUAUAUUAUUACUACAGGUAGUCUAUACUCUGCGUAACCCCAGAGAUGCUAUGGUUUCAAGCUACCACUUCAUCAAAGGCUUUAAAGUAUUGAAAGACCCUGGAACUGUGGAAGAGUUCAUGGAGAGAUUCCUGAGAGGGGAAAGUAUGGAAGGAGGCAAAUCAGCCACUCUUGUUUGCUGUGACCCAGCACCAGUGAUGUCCACCACCAGAAAACAUUUAUUUUCAGCUAACUCUACAGUUCUAUCAGAAAUCUAUAAUUCCCAGUUGGAUUCAUGGAGAAGGGCAGAAAUGUGGCAAAGUCCUACAUUUGUCAUUUGCUUUCAAAGAAAAUCAAUAAAUGUCCUUUCAAAUGGGCGAGAUUGGCACUAAAAUGAGAUUAGGGUGAAACUUAAGGAAAGCCUAGAACAGCUGGGUGAGAUUGGCACCAACAAGAGAAUAGAUCAGAAUCGAUGAUAGCAGACAUUCUCACUGCUGGCAGAAAGAAAAAGAAACCUUAAUGGAGAAAGCCCAUUAAAUUGUAAGAUUGUUGACUCAUUCAAACCUUUACUUCUCUUGUAUGUGGAUAAUGUCAGUAGAUAGAUCAGUCAGGAGGUGGCAUUGGACUCAGGGUAGUGUUGAAGUCUCCUGUUACUGAUUUUGUUUUUAAGGGAUAAUGCAGUUAUUUUCCAAGUUCCUGACUGAUGUUUCCUCUACGUCUACAAUAGCAUCCUCUACUCCCUCCCACAACUCCUUACAUUUCACCCUUGCUUCCCCUUUGCUCUUCCAGUAGAUUAUGGUUCCUGGUUUGACCAUGUGAAAGGCUGGGUGGAGAUGAAGGAGAGAGCCAACAUCUUCUUUAUCACCUAUGAAGAACUACGGCAGGUAAAGGUCCAGUUUUAACUGUGUUGACCUGCAGCCCCUAUUCUGAUAUUAUUCACACAUGAAGCUGCCUUCUUUUUUGAAAGAUUCUACCAAUAUUGGCCAGAAAGGGAUUCUGAGCAUGUGCAAAAUUCGGUGCUACCUCUACAUACACUGCAUAUCAUGUGCAGAGUACAUUUCCUUAUUUCUACAUUGGAGCAGAUGUGACAAUAACCUGCUUUUCUGCUGCAAAGGUAAUGUCUCUUGGUAACUCAGGUGCCCCCUGUGUUCGGUACUGGCUGAGGAGAGGUGGAGACAGAGUGGCUUCUGCAAGGUGA